CCAUGCCACUUCUUUGACAGCUCGGCGCGCGGAGGGUGGGCGGAGCCUCCCAGGCGGUGACGUAAGAGGCCGGGGGCGGGGCCGCCGACUUGCACAGGUGGAAGAACGGACAGGUGGAAGCGGAUGCGGAGGAGGCUCGAGCCGGACGUUUCCGGUGAGGGAGAAGGUAACUUGAGGAAACCAAAAUCUCCAGGAAUCAUCACAAGUAAUUUGGAAAAUGUUUUCAGACUUAGAGGACAUAGAGGAGGAUAAGCUGGGAAUCCCUACUGUUCCUGGGACAGUGACUUUGAAGAAGGAUGCUCAAAAUCUAAUAGGGAUCAGCAUUGGAGGAGGAGCUCAGUACUGCCCCUGUCUCUAUAUUGUUCAGGUAUUUGAUAACACUCCUGCAGCUCUAGAUGGAACGUUGGCAGCAGGAGAUGAAGUCACGGGUGUAAAUGGAAAAUCAGUGAAAGGAAAAACCAAAGUCGAAGUGGCUAAAAUGAUACAGAUGGUGAAGACGGAAGUGACGAUUCACUACAACAAACUUCAAGCCGAUCCAAAGCAGGGAAAGACCCUGGAUAUUGUUCUAAAGAAAGUGAAGCACCGUCUGGUGGAGAACAUGAGCUCAGGGACAGCGGAUGCUCUGGGGCUGAGUCGAGCCAUCCUCUGUAAUGAUGGCCUGGUGAAAAGACUGGAAGAGUUGGAAAGAACUGCUGAACUGUACAAAGGUAUGACAGAACACACAAAGCAUCUCCUCAGAGCUUUCUUUGAACUAUCCCAGACUCAUAGAGCAUUUGGUGAUGUUUUCUCAGUCAUUGGUGUUCGGGAGCCUCAGCCGGCUGCUAGUGAAGCAUUUGUAAAAUUUGCAGAUGCCCAUCGCAGUAUUGAGAAGUUUGGGAUCCACCUUCUCAAAACCAUCAAGCCGAUGUUGACAGACCUGAACACUUACUUGAAAAAAGCCAUUCCAGAUACAAGGGUAACUAUCAAGAAGUAUUUGGACGUCAAGUUUGAAUAUUUGUCUUAUUGUCUCAAAGUGAAGGAAAUGGAUGAUGAGGAAUACAGCUGCAUUGCACUUGGAGAACCGCUCUAUCGGCUCAGCACUGGGAAUUAUGAAUACAGAUUAAUUUUGCGUUGCCGCCAAGAAGCACGUACACGCUUUGCCAAGAUGAGGAAGGAUGUCCUAGAAAAGGUGGAGCUUCUAGACCAGAAACAUGUGCAAGACAUUACAUUCCAGCUCCAACGUUUUGUUUCCACCCUUUCCAAAUACUAUGAUGACUCCUAUGCCGUGCUGAGGGAUGCAGAUGUCUUCCCCAUUGAGGUGGAUUUGGCACGUACCACUCUGAGUUAUGGCCAGAAGGAUGUCUUCACAGAUGGGGCUGAGGAGGACGACGAUGAUGAGGAGGAGAUCAGUGGAGGUGUUGAAUGUCACAAGAAAGAGGAAGAGGAUGUUGAGAAACUCAUUGACGAUGCCUGAGUUCAUGGACUUGAUGAAGUAGAAAAUCCCCGCAAGAGACUCAUAAAUUGUAUUUCUCUAGCCAACUUGUCCAAAGUGGCUUUUCUCUCAGUAUAAGGCCAGCCACAGGAAAUCAAGAUUGCUUGUGGGAGCUUGAAGGUCACUCGUACCCAAGGCACUUUUGCACAGUCCUCCAAAAAAAAAAAAUCCUCCUCCCUUCUGAAUGGCCUUUUCUCAUAAUCCUAUUGUUCAUAUUGAGAUGGUAAGAGGAAUGAACUUUCUGAAAUACCUUUUAGUCCCAGUAUUGCCCUCCAUGCAGAGGGGUGUGUGAUUGAAUGUGUGUGAUACAGAUCUGCAUACAUCUUGUCACUAAAAUAGUGUGAUCAGCCCAG